AUGGCGUCAAAAAUCGACCUGAAAAUGGAGUCGCAAGACGCAAAAACCACCCCUCCGACUGACCGCCGCGAGGGUGGUAUUUCCAACGAAAACAGUGCAAAGACACGCCCGACUGAGGAGGGACCAUCAACAGUACCCCUGGAGUCGGUAAAGAAGGAUAAGGAGGCGAGAACGGAUAAGAAAGCCGAUAGGAAGGCUGACAAGGACAAAAAGUCAAAAAAGGGCAAGUCCAAGAAGGCACCGGCUGCGACUAGUGGGAGCUCCAGUGCCAGCGAUAGUGAUGUUGACAGCUCAUCCUCGGACGAGUCGAGCAAGUCGGAGUCCAGUUCUAGUGUCGAAGAGAAGUUAAAGAAGAAGCGGCCUCAAAAAAAGCGUCAGGAUAGCCGGAAGUCGAAGAGCAAAUCAGCCAAGGCAUCGAAAACAUCUUCGAAGCAGCUAAAGGUCCAAGUUCAGGCUUCUGAUGACGACACUAGUGACAUCGACGAGGCCGACGACUCAGACCAUCAUGAUAAGAAGGGCUCCAACAGCAACGCGUCUAUGCAGGAAGAGCUUUCACAUAUGCGUCUCCAGGUGCAGAACCUGCAGCGCCAAAUGGCAUCUUUCGGUUUAGGGAAUGGCGGAGCAGGCCUCCAUCCCGGUCUGAACCCGGGUACCUUGGGUGGCGCCGGACAUCUUCAGUCGGCUGCUUUGGGCAACCCGGGCCUGACUGGACAAUAUAAUAUGGGGGUCGACCCGUUACUAACCAUGGCUAAGGCUCUCGGAGGUUACAAGGGUCCGCCAGGACGCGGAAGACGUUUCCCUUCAGGUGAUGAUGUGCUAUGGAAUCGCAGUGCAGGAAACGGCGCCAAGCCGGCCAGAACGAAAAACGGCCGUGGUGCUAAGACGGUUACGCGACGUCUCGAGUUCAAGCGUGUGGACCAGGUCUGGGAUUCACAGAUCCACAACUACAAGCUUCAGGAUACGGCCGAGGACCCAAGCAAUUCCCAGUACGACGAGUAUCUCUUUCACGUGAGGAGGACUUUCGAUUGGGAGGGCAAGUACAAGACCACGAUAGUUGACGUCAAGAGCAAACAACUUCGGGAAGCCCUGCAGGAUGUUAUCGGAAACGUCAAAGGCGUGAGCCUCGUCGAAGAGACUCCGAAGCUGGAUCCCAAGAUGUUGUUUCUGUACCUCGAGGAUAUGCGCGAACACAUGAAAAACCUCAAGGAUCUCGAGCCGGAGGGAGACACACGCAGGGACCGUAGGAAGGUUCAGAAGUGGAUCGACGAGAAGCGACGACAUCUUCGAGUUCUCAUCAAAUACCUUGACACAGAUCAUGCCGAGACGAAGAAGAGCUUAUACCCUAUGCUAGAGAAUGGCCUCAUCACAUUUGACCUCCUAUGGGCUCUCUGGAAACCGAACACCCUCGCGUAUACCACAACGUACGGUUCCGUCGACGAGCCGCGUAUCUUCAAGGUCGAAGUCGCAGAGAAGCAUUACAGCAUCGUGAAAGGAGAAUUCUACUACGUGGAAGGCAAGUAUUUCGAAUUCGACGGCAAACAGUUUGGAUACGGCAGCAUGUCCGAGGAGAUUUCCGAGUUUAGGGGCGCCCGCAAGAUUACUAGCUUGGGAUGCUACCCUCUGAAGUAUCACAAAAACGAGGCCCAGUUACGGAAAGAGCUCAUCGAUCGCGGCAAGAAAUUUGUCAGUCUCGGUGGGGUGCACUACAAGAGCCACCAAGGGAUGGCCUAUCACAAAAAGAAGAAGGCUGUGAUCAAGGUCAACAUUAACGGCCGGAUCAUGGUUGACCCAGCCAUCCAUCGCCGCAUCAACCCGAACUAUCCUGUUUCGCUUGUUAGGCCCAAAGAUCACGACGUACUUAGUGACGACGAAGCUAGCGACGAGGAUGGCGGCGGUUGCGGUUGCGAGUCGGACGAAGAAGGAGGCGGUGGUGGAGAUCUCGAGCAGGCCGACGACGGAGAUGACGGGAAGGUCAAAUACGUAACUAAGGUAUACAAAGACACGAAGGGAAACGUACGCAGCAUACGCAUCCCGAAGGACUUUGUCGAGACCGAGGCCCACGAAAAACUGGACAAGGUCGCCAGCCAGGGCGAAGAGAACGGAGACGAGGUUGCCAAGAGCGGUGGACCCGGAGAAGCUGGAGAAGAUGAAAAGGACGACGACGCUCCCCCGGUCUUCACAGAUGAAGAAUAUUUGAUUGCCUCUCCAGUUGUCCUGGGCUUCGCCUUCGCUGAAAAGCUUUGGCUCGAGUUCACGGUCUCCGGAAUCAAGGAGAUAUCUUGGAAUGAGCAUGCUUAUGACUCUUUGGUUCUGCAGCCGAGCACAAAGGAAAUCGCUCUCGUAGAAUCCCACAAGUACCAUCCGGCUGAGAGUAUCGACGAUGUCAUCCAGGGCAAAGGAAAAGGUCUCGUGGCUGUCCUGCAUGGACCGCCAGGUACGGGCAAAACCUUGACUGCGGAGGGAAUAAGCGAGCUGCUCAAAUGUCCUCUCUACAUGGUAUCUGCUGGCGAUCUUGGGACGGAUUCACGCUACCUCGAGGCGGAGUUGCAGAAGAUUCUGGACAUAUGUCAUGCUUGGGGUGCUAUCCUGCUUCUGGACGAAGCAGACGUAUUCCUCGAGAAACGCAAUAUGCACGACAUCCACCGCAACGCCCUCGUUAGCAUAUUCCUACGACAGCUGGAAUAUUUCCAGGGUAUUCUGUUCUUAACGACAAACCGCGUCCAGACUUUUGAUGACGCUUUCCAGUCGCGAAUCCACAUCGCAUUACGAUACGACGACUUGGAUGUUAAGGCCAAGAGGGCGAUUUUCAAGAUAUUCAUCGAGAGGGCACGGGCAGUGGCCGGGGUCGAUCUGAUGCCGUUUGAUGAAGAAGACUACACAACCCUCGCACGGCACAACCUCAACGGUCGCCAGAUUAAGAACACGGUAGGCACUGCGCAAGCACUUGCUGUCAACAAGGGAGAACCCCUUAGUAUGCGACAUAUUCGCGAGGUCCUCAACGUCCAACAGAACUUUGAACAGGACCUCAAAGGCGGUACCGGGUAUCAAGACGCCAUGCGUAGCUACUUUUAGAUACGGUCUGGGCUAUCUCAUCCACCCCAAGAUCGUUCUCAGCUAUCCUGUCCGAGGCCGGCGAAUGUAAAAGGACAACAGAGGUAGAUAGAUUAUGAAGGGAAGGGGGGAAGACAAGUCUAUUUCGCUGGAUGGAUCUCCUAGAUUCAUCCCACCAUCUCUUUCCCCUCCCAUUCUGAGAUGUCCUGAACGUGUUUUUGCACCAUCGGGCCAGGGAAAAUAGGGAAUCCAAGGGUAGCACUAUACCGUGUCUCUUUCUCUGCAUUUCUUCGUUUUGCUGGAUUUGGGUGCAAUGAGUUGACAUAGUUGAAUCUCGCUGAUAGCGCGUUAAAAAUGCCCAUAAACUCUGCAUGUCCCUCGUUUUCACUGGGUUUGAGCUUAGUAUCAGUUGGGUUUAUCGAUAUUUCAUUUGCAAAGCAUAUAUCGGUAAUGUUAGCGAAUGAUGAUGGAGUGAAAAGGGGGGGAGGGACGUCUCGGGAAGCGAGUGUUAUUGCUAGCUUUGGGUCGAAGAAUCAUGGAGGAUGGUGUAGCACGUAUGAAUCAACACGGACAGCUCGGUUGACCGUAAUUACACUGGCAACACAUCGCCAACGAAUUAACGCGUAGGUAUGUAUGUGUGCAAAUGUCAAUAACCCUUCUGAUAUGUCUU